AUGUCGGCGGUAAACCCCGAGAAAAAGAAGUUGCUCGCGGCAAUUUACAACAAUCCAGACUUGUCGGCUCAAGAGAAACAGAGACAAAUGCAAGCGCUCAUGAAGGGAGAAAAGUUGACUCCUUCUACGCGCUCCAUUGACACUACUUCUAGUGCUGGCGGAAGUGCUACCGCUGCUGUCCCAUCGAAAGCGCGGAUUUCCUUGUUGGAUACUGGAAGAGAACCUUCUGGAUUAGAAGUUGGAAUGAUGAGAACAAGUGCGGAACCAAGUCAGCCUACGAUUCAGGAAGAGGAUAGUCAGGAAUCGUCGGAAGGGGAAGACAGCAAACCAGCAGCAGCUGUGGGUAAUCCUUCCAAUCUAGAUGUAAAUGAACGGAAUCGGCUCAUCAAGGAGAUCUACAUGGACAAGAGCCUGUCAGGACUCGAAAAGCAAAAACGAAUUCAGGAAGUCAUGAAGGGACAGACUUUGAGACCAUCGUCCCGCAAUCUCAUGGCUUCUUCUACACCUGCGACUGGACCUACUGCUGCACCUGCACCGACUCCAACAACUGCGACAGACUCGGCUGCAGCGUUGGGUAGUGUAGAGGCUCGGAAUAAAGCAAUCAAGGAGAUAUACAUGGACACAAGUUUGAGUGGAAUCGAAAAGCAAAAGAAGAUCCAAGCCAUCAUGAAGGGUCAGACCUUGCAACCAUCUUCUCGCAACUUGAUGGCGGCACCAUCAGCACCCAGUGCAAGCAACGUGAAGGCGCCGUCACCGGACCCCUACGAACCAGCGGCCAUGCCCGAUUCGGACGAUGAUUCCGUUCCACCCUCGCCAGAAGAGGAUGAUAAGGUUUUGGAGCCAGUCUUGGAACCAGCUCCAGGGAGUCCUCCUUCUUCACCAUUCCGAAAGACUGUGGACGAUGACGUUGAUUCCAUGGGAGACGAAAAGUCUGGAGAUCCAUCUUUGGAUGUGUCCAUUGAUGAUUCCAUUGAACCAUCCAAGCCUGCUCCAGCACGGGAAUCAUCACCAUCACCUCCUCCGUCGCCUUCACCACCACCUUCGAGGUCGCCAUCACCGCCACCACCAUCUCCUUUGCCACCACCGGUUUCUCCUUCACCACCACCGGUUUCUCCUUCACCACCAUCCGCAUCUCCUUCUCCGCCACCAGCUUCACCAUCGCCGCCACCACCAGCGCGUGAUCCAUCGCCUCCGCCACCACAGCAAGAAAGAAUAGCUACACCACCACCAUCGCCCAAGAGAGCACCGCCUUCUCCACCACCAACACCACCAAAGGGACCGGCAGCAGCAUCUCAUCGACGAGAAAUUGUGAAUCUAUUCAAGGAUUCUUCGAUGACAGCUUCAGAAAAGAAGAAUGCAGUGAAGGAGGUUAUCAAACGCGCACCACCGCCACCUCCUCCACAACCAUCUCCUCCACCGUCGCCAUCGCCAUCCCCAAAGAAGGACUCACCAAAGGAGGAAUCAAAGGUGGCACCAGUGGCGGCUGCUACUGCUGUUGCUGCUGUGGGAGCAGCUGCUGGAGCGGCGGCUGUGGUAGCAUCCAGAAGUCGGACUCCAUCUUCCCGGUCGCCUUCUGUGCCACCAUCAUCACCAUCCAGAAGUCGGACCCCAUCUUCCCGACCUCAUUCACUGACACCAUCAAGAAGCAGGUCUUCUUCGCUGCCACCAUCGCCGUCAAGAAGCCGGACUCCGUCGUCUCGACCACCAUCGAGGACACCAUCUAGAAGCCGAUCUUCUCGUCCUCCUUCCAGGACGCCAUCACCAUCAAGAAGCCGGACGCCAUCUUCUCGACCACCAUCAAGAAGCAAGUCGCCGUCUUCUAGACCACCAUCGGCAUCAAGAAGUCGUACUCCAUCUUCUCGACCACCAUCAGCGUCAAGAAGCCGGACUCCAUCGUCUCGACCACCAUCGGCAUCAAGAAGUCGCACUCCAUCUUCUCGACCACCAUCAGCGUCAAGAAGUCGGACUCCUUCUUCUGCACCACCGUCAAGAAGUCGCACUCCAUCGUCUAGAUCGCCUUCCAGAAGUCCAACUCCGCCAUCGCCUUCUCCACCACCAAAGAAGAAGGGAUCAAAGAAAGAGUCAAAGAAGGAAUCGAAGGUGGCUCCAGUGGCAGCAGCUGCUGCUGUCGGUGUGGCUACUGGAGCGGCCGCUGCAGUGAUUGCGUCAUCACCUGCUGCUGCUGCUCCCGCACCAGCUCCCGUCCCAGACAAUCCAGCAGCCUCCCGUCGAAAUAUGAUCAUGCAAGUUACUCGAGACAAGUCGUUGACACCACAAGAAAAGCAAAAGAGAAUCCAAGAAAUCAUGAAGGGAGGAGCCGUCAGUGGAAAUGCGAGAGAGCCAGGGGAGGAACCCGCUGCCGCAGCACCGGAGCCAGCACCUGCUCCAGAGCCUGCACCAGCUCCAGAACCAGCUCAGGAACCAGCGCCAGCGCCAGCACCAGCACCACCAGUCAACGAUGAAGCUGCCAAUAGACGAGCUGCUAUUGUUGCCGUUCACAAGGAUCGUACAUUGACACCGAAGGAGAAGCAAGCUCGUAUUCAAGAAAUCAUGAAGGGCGGAAGUGCUUCGGGCAAUUCCUCUGGCCCAGCCGCACCAGCUCCAGAGCCAGCACCUGAAGCUGCUGAAGCACCGGCAGCGGCGCCAGAAGAAGAAUCUGCCGAAGAUGCUGCUUCGAGACAACGGAAGGCCAUUCAAGCAAUCUAUAGAGACAAAUCUUUGACUCCACAAGAAAAGCACCAGCGAGUACAAGCAUUGAUGAAGGGUGGAGCGGUUCCAGCGCCAGCACCAGCUCCUUCUGCAGCACCAGCAGCUGCUGCGGCCGCAGCAGGGGGGGGCGCCGUUGGGGCUGCAGUUGCAGCAACAAGAGGACGAUCGAGGUCUCGGAGUGGAUCAAGAUCUGGAUCGGAUAGCCGAAGUAGUGGCAGCCGAAGUAGCAGCCGGAGCGACAGCCGAAGUUACAGUGAUUCCAGAAGUCGAAGUGGGAGUCGAAGUUACAGCGAUUCUCGAAGCAGAAGUUACAGUGGUUCCAGAAGCCGAAGUGAUUCCCGGUCGUACAGUGACUCUCGAAGCAGAAGCGAUUCUAGAUCGUACAGUUCAAGGUCUGGAAGUGAUUCGAGAUCGUAUUCCAGUCGGUCUGGAUCUGACUCAAGGAGCUAUAGUGGAAGCAGCAGUGGUUCUCGAAGUGACGAGUCAUCCUUUUCAGACGAAGCAUCAAGGCAAGAGGAGAUGCUUAUUGACGCCGAAGUUGCCACUGCCAAGCCCGAAGAUAUGCGACUGUUCCCCACUGCAACCGCCAAACCCCCUGGUGGCUUUAGUGACGAAGAUUCCGAUACCGAAUAUGAAGACCGUGGUGAUCCAAAAAGACGAUUGUUCUGUUGUGCGCUUCUCUGUCUCAUUCUGUUGGGAGCUGUUGGCGGGCCAUUAUUGGCAUUGAACUGGGACACAGUUUCCACCUGGUUCGAUGAAAUCAUUUCAGGAACACAAGCCCCAUCUCCUGACGUUGUGGCUCCAACUGUUGCUCCUGCCAUACCUGACACCCCAGUACCUACGCAACUACCAUCUGCCAAUCCAACGGAUUCCCCACUUUACCCAAGAAAUACACCCGAUGAUUGCGAGAGAAUUGCUCAAGGAGACGAUGUGAUUCUACAAUCUGAACUCAUCCCCAAGCUUUUUGAUGUUCGAAUGGAUGUGUCGUUGACCCUACAGCUGUCAGACUUGUCUGAAGUGGUGGAAGAAAUGGAAUCGAGAAUGCAAAGAAUCUUGGGUCCAAGAUUAGCUGACUGUCCAAACGCUCGACGAUUGCGCCAACAAGAUUGGAGGAGAAGACUACAGAUCGAAAAGAAUCUCAUUGGUAACGCCAGAUUCAAUGCAGAGUACCAGCCAGAUCAGUCCUGUGAUGCAUCAGCUCCAACUCCUUGUAUCCGGGUUCUGACCAAGUUGAAUCUCUUCUUGAAAGGCGAAGAAGAUACCCUACCUCUAGCGAAUCGAAUCACUUCGCUCUUUGGAGAACAAGAGUUGACAGACACUCUUGGAUUGACUGCUCCUUUCAACCAGAUCGAAGUUGUUGGUGUCACCGCUGCUGCGCCCACACCGGCGCCAUUUGUUGACAGUGCAGCUCCCUCGGCUCCACCGGAUAUCCAAGAGACACCGGUACCUACUGUAUUACCGCCACCAACUUUGCCUCCGACCCCUCCUCCAACACCAUCACCGACAAUUGCUCCUACAAGUACCAAUGCUCCAACAAGAGGCCGUACUGGUGCGGUCGAAGAAUCAUUGAAGACUCUUGGUGAUCUGGAUACUCUCAAUAACAAUGCCGUGACAUACUUGUUGGAAAGAGACAGCUGGACACCAAGAGUUGGGAGAACAGGGCCUGAAGUUUGGGUUCAGCGCUACACCAUGUUGGCCAUCUGGGAAAACACCAGGGGCUGGGAGUGGAACCAGUUGGAUGACUGGUUAGACCCCGACGAUUCUGCCUGUACUUGGUCUGGAGUCAAAUGCAACAUUGACGACGAGAUUGUGCAAUUGGAUCUCAAUAACAAUAAUAUGAAUGGACGAAUUCCAACAGAAUUUGCGUUGCUAACGUCGCUAACACAUCUCAACAUGGCCAAGAAUGAGCUUGACGGACCGAUUCCAACUGAAUUAGGUCUCAUGACAAACUUGAGAGUGUUGAACUUGAUUGAUACAGAUCUAUCCGGAACGAUUCCAACGGAACUCGCGACAAUGACUGCCCUUCGAAUCUUGAAUCUAGAUGAUAAUGAUUUGAUUGGUACCAUUCCAACGCAAUUUGGUCUUUUGGAGAACCUUUUCAACAUUUCAUUGUGGAAUAACCAACUCGACAAUGCCAUUCCUACGGAGCUUGCGGCGUGCACAAAGCUAACAGAGAUUCGUUUGUCCGACAACCGUUUCUCAGGCCCACUUCCGACCGAACUGUUUUCUUUGACUUUGCUGAAGGUGCUCGAGCUGGAUGACAACUUCAUUACAGGAACCAUCCCUGAAGGCAUUGCUGCACUAACUGCUCUCACACGGCUGGAACUGGAUACUAAUCGACUGACAGGAUCAGUACCUCCGCUACCACCCAUAUUGGCAGAUUUCAAGUGUCAGCUGGAAGAAAACGGUUUCAACAACGUGGACAACGCCCGUGCCAUUAAUUGUGACUUUUGA